CUGUUCCAGACGGGUUUCGGAUCAAGCUUUACUUCAUGCACUUCAACUUGGAAUCCUCCUACCUUUGUGAAUAUGACUAUGUGAAGAAAGCACAGUCCUGGCAGAACAGGAAAAGGCACAUGUCUCCUGGCAGUGGAAAGGGCUCUGGCCUAGAAAACAGCUGCUGACUCCUGCUGAGAGCUUGGGCAAGUCACGUCUUCAUUCAAGGCCUCAGUUUCCCCAUCUGCCUGAUGAGGGAACUGGACCAGCUGGCCUCUCCAAACCCUUCCAGUUCUGAUGGUCUGUGACUCCCAGUCCAAUGCCCCUUCCCUCAGGCCACAUUGGGUCAGUCUGCAUCCUGCUGUGUAAUUGAGAGGUAGAAACUGAGGACCAGGUGCUGGCAACCUUCUGUGGCAGGGAGACCACAGACACAGAGCAGACUCCCGGCCAGGAGGUGGUCCUCUCCCCUGGCUCCUUCAUGUCCAUCACUUUCCGGUCAGAUUUCUCCAAUGAGGAGCGAUUCACAGGCUUUGAUGCCCACUACAUGGCUGUGGAUGUGGACGAGUGCAAGGAGAGGGAGGAUGAGGAGCUGUCCUGUGACCACUACUGCCACAACUACAUUGGCGGCUACUACUGCUCCUGCCGCUUCGGCUACAUCCUCCACACAGACAACAGGACCUGCCGAGUGGAGUGCAGUGACAACCUCUUCACUCAAAGAACUGGGGUGAUCACCAGCCCUGACUUCCCAAACCCUUACCCCAAGAGCUCUGAAUGCCUCUAUACCAUCGAGCUGGAGGAGGGCUUCAUGGUCAACCUGCAGUUUGAGGACAUAUUUGACAUUGAGGACCAUCCUGAGGUGCCCUGCCCCUAUGACUACAUCAAGAUCAAAGUUGGUCCAAAAGUUCUGGGGCCUUUCUGUGGAGAGAAAGCCCCAGAACCCAUCAGCACCAAGAGCCACAGUGUCCUGAUCCUGUUCCAUAGUGACAACUCGGGAGAGAACCGGGGCUGGAGGCUCUCAUACAGGGCUGCAGGAAAUGAGUGCCCAGAGCUACAACCUCCUGUCCAUGGGAAAAUCGAGCCCUCCCAAGCCAAGUAUUCCUUCAAAGACCAAGUGCUCGUCAGCUGUGACACAGGCUACAAAGUGCUGAAGGAUAAUGUGGAGAUGGACACAUUCCAGAUUGAGUGUCUGAAGGACGGGACGUGGAGUAACAAGAUUCCCACCUGCAAAAUUGUAGACUGUAGAGCCCCAGGAGAGCUGGAACAUGGGCUGGUCACCUUCUCCACAAGGAACAACCUCACCACAUACAAGUCUGAGAUCAGAUACUCCUGCCAGGAGCCCUAUUACAAGAUGCUCAACAAUAUCACAGGUAUAUAUACCUGCUCUGCCCAAGGAGUCUGGAUGAAUAAAGUAUUGGGGAGAAGACUGCCCACCUGCCUUCCAGAGUGUGGUCAGCCCUCCCGCUCCCUGCCAAGCCUGGUCAAGAGGAUCAUCGGGGGCCGAAAUGCUGAGCCCGGCCUCUUCCCGUGGCAGGCCCUGAUAGUGGUGGAGGACACUUCGAGAGUGCCAAACGACAAGUGGUUUGGGAGUGGGGCCCUGCUCUCUGAGUCCUGGAUCCUCACAGCAGCCCAUGUGCUGCGCUCCCAGCGUAGAGACACCACAGUGAUACCAGUCUCCAAGGAGCAUGUCACUGUCUACCUGGGCUUGCAUGAUGUGCGGGACAAAUCAGGGGCAGUCAACAGCUCAGCUGCCCGAGUGGUGCUCCACCCAGACUUCAACAUCCAAAACUACAACCAUGAUAUAGCUCUGGUGCAGCUGCAGGAGCCCGUGCCCCUGGGACCCCUCGUUAUGCCUGUCUGCCUGCCAAGGCUGGAGCCUGAAGGCCCGUCCCCCCACAUGCUGGGCCUGGUGGCCGGCUGGGGCAUCUCCAAUCCCAAUGUGACAGUGGAUGAGAUCAUCGGCAGUGGCACGCGGACCUUGUCAGAUGUCCUGCAGUAUGUCAAGUUACCUGUGGUGCCUCACGCUGAGUGCAAAACUAGCUAUGAGUCCCGUUCAGGCAAUUACAGUGUCACAGAGAACAUGUUCUGUGCUGGCUACUAUGAGGGCGGCAAAGACACGUGCCUUGGAGAUAGCGGUGGGGCCUUUGUCAUCCUUGAUGACUUAAGCCAGCGCUGGGUGGUGCAAGGCCUGGUGUCCUGGGGGGGACCUGAAGAAUGUGGCAGCAAGCAGGUCUAUGGAGUCUACACAAAGGUCUCCAACUAUGUGGACUGGGUGUGGGAGCAGAUGGGCUCACCACAAGGCGGAGCCUCAGGUGGAACAGUGAGCUGACUUCCUUCCUCAGGGCCUGCCUCCCCUGAGUGAAGCUACACUGCACUUCCGACAGCACACUCCACAUUACUUAUCAGACCAAAUGGAAUGGAACACACUGACCUAGCGGUGGCUUCUCCUAUGGAAAGAGCCCCCAGGACCCUGAGAGGCAGCAGUGUGGUAUAGGAAAAGCCUCUAGGCAGGAGACUUGCAUUCCUGAGCUUGUCCAAGUCUCUUCGCCUGUCUGGGCCUCACUCUCCCCAGUAAUACAAUGCAGGAGCUAAACCAAGGCCAUCCCAGCACUCCUCUCCAGGCCAUACUUCUUAUCCCAGUGGCCUUUAUUCACUCCUGACCACUUAUGAAACGCAUCGGUUCCACUGUUGGUAUGACUGAGCUUGGACCUGACUAUUAGAAAAUGGUUUCUAACAUUGAACUGCAUGCUGCAUCUGUAUAUUUUCCUGCUCUGCCUUCUGGGACUAGCCUUGGCCUAGUCCUUCCUCUAGGAGAAGAGCAUUCAGGUUUGGGGAGAUGGCUCAUAGCCAAGCCCCUCUCUCCUAGUGUAAUCCCUUGGAGAACUUUCUUGCCUGGGGUUUCUCUCCUAAAAGCUUCUUGCAGUCUAAGCCUUAUCCGUUAUGUUCCCCAUUAAAGGAAUUUCAAAGGACAUGGAGAAAGUUGGGAAGGUUUGUGCUGACUAGUGGGAGCAGAAUAUCAGCGGGAGGCUCACCAAGCCCUUAAAUUCCCAUUGUCAACUCAGAACACGUUUGGGCCCAUAUGCCACCUUGAAAUACCAGCUGACACCAUGGAUGUCCACACCUGCUGCUCCAGAUAAGCACAAAGCAAUCUUUCAGCCUUGAAAUAUAGUAUCUAUAGUAGUUCAGUAGCUACUACCUGAACCCCAGACCCAAAUUUGGGGACUUAGCUGAUUACCUGGGAAAAGAAAAGACCCACACCGUAUCCUGCUGUGCUUUUGGGCAGGAAAAUGGAAGAAAGAGUGGGGUGGGCACAUUAGAAGUCACCCAAAUCCUGCCAGGCUGCCUGGCAUCCCUAGGGCAUAAGCUGGGCGGAGAAUCCACCCCACAGAAUGUUCAGAGAGACCCACUCCUUCAUUUUCCAGAGUCAAAGGAAUCAGAGGCUCACCCAUGGCAGGCAGUGAAAAGAGCCAAGAGUCCUGGGUUCUAGUCCCUGCUCUGCUCCCAGCUGGCUGUAUAACCUUUGGGAAAUCAUUUUCCUUCUCUGAGUCUCUGGUUCUCCAUCAGCAAUAGGAGGGCAUUAGGUCCCCUGCAGGGUCUUUCUAGCUGGAGCGCUCAGAGCUUCCCUGACUGCCAGCAGCCUCUCUGGCCCUCACAGGGCUGCCUGUCCUCCUUCUACCUGGAGCUCUCUGUCCUGGAAAUCUCCAUCAGAGCAAGACAGCCAGAGAAGCCCCUGAGAGGGAAUGACUGGGAAGUAUCCACUGCUCCAACCAGCUCGUCAAAGCACACUCCUAUGUCUAUGAAGGGCACAUGUAAAGAUGUUAUAUUUUGUAUCUUUUAUAUGAUAUGCUUCACCACUCUGUAAAGGGCCUCUGCAUUGUUGCUCCCAUCAGGGGUCUAAAGUGGAAAUAAACCCUCAUGGAUAACCAACA